AUGGAGCCCUCAGGGCCUCAGCCGAGAUGGAGCAAAUCGUCUGAGCAGUCAACGACUCAAGCUCCCGGCUUUCCACUCCUCCUUAUCCUCCUCCUGACGUCAACUCUGCAGAUGCCAGGACCCGAAUCCGAUGGCUCCAAACCCUCGCUCCCCCCGGGAAUGGUGCUGGGCCCGGAUGGAAAGCCCUGCAAAAUCUGUACCGCAUUUCGCAACUGGAAACCUCCAAAGCCCAACGUGCAGGACAGUGUGGCCUCGACGCAGAGCAGAAAGAAAACGACUGCGGCGAUGAUGGCCGCGUUGGCAUCCGGGAAAGGCUUCGUAUCCCAGCCAGAGCCAGACAUCCGACCAGAGCACUGCCCCCCGGAUGUCGAGCAGCUCGGUCGUGCAACUUGGACUUUCCUUCACACGACGGCGGCGUAUUACCCCGAGCGACCGACGCCGAACCAGCGUGCAAAUAUGCUCAGCCUGCUGCGCUCACUUCCUGUUCUGUAUCCAUGCUCGCACUGCGCGUCACACUUGGAAGAUAACAUUAAGACUCAUCCACCAGACGUCAGUGGGCGGGUCGCAUUGAGCAGAUGGCUGUGUCAAAGGCAUAAUGACGUGAAUGUGCGAUUGGGGAAGUCGAGCUUUGAUUGCUCUAUCGAGAAGACAGACGAACGGUGGAAAGACGGUCCCAGUGACGGCAGCUGUGAUUAA